AUGAGGCCGCACAGGAGACACCUCUUGAAGAAAAAGAAGGGACCAGGUGGUGGUGGAGAGGAGCAGGAUCUGGGCAUGGGAAGAAGUUUAAUGGCAUCUCCUAGAAAGGUACAUAAUAGAAUGAUACCAAGCUCAGUAGCAGAACAUCUGCUCAGAAGCAGAAGCAGUCCCUGGCAUCUCUAAGCAGAGUUGGGAAAUAAUCUUGCCUGAAACCCCGGAGAGCUGUUGCCAGUCAGUGUAGACAGUACUGGGUGAGAUGGACCAAUGGUCUGACUUGGUAUAAGGUAGCUUCCUGUGUACCUUUGGGAUGUGGCUGGAAAGUAUAGAAAGGGCUGGCCCAGCACAUUCUGGGGCGUAGAUGGUCCUGUCCUCCUCAAAUGGUUCUCUCCCUCAGCUCCUAACUCAUUGGGUCCAUCAGGAGAUUGUCUUCUGGAAGAAGCCCCGUUGCAAUGAAAAUAAGCUGCGGAAGUGCAUGGCCACGCUGUUCAUGAUAGAUUUGACUUGAGGAUGACAACCUAUCUGUCCCACGCUCUGCUGCCACCAAGGAUGGGUGGAUCUGUCAGUCUGGGUUUCCCUCACUUGUUCAUAUUUCCAAGUGUAAAUUCAGUUCUUCAUAUUUCCAUAUCAGUUUGUGUUGUUUUUUUAAAAGUCCUCAUGAAAAUUCAUCAGAAUUUUGGUGCAAAUUUCUCCUAAUUUGCACAUUUUUUAUUCUUCUUGUUGCUGUUUAUAUACAGCUUUUCCCCCAGACUCCUACUCAAGGGGACUUACACAAAUUAAAACAACACAGAUGAAAUACAAAAAGCUAAAAAGAUGAUAGUUUAAAAGUAAUUGGACUAAUAAAUUAAAACAAUAUACAAAUUUCUAUGCAAUUUUCCAUGAUAUGUUAUAUGUCCCUAUGUUAUUUUCUCCUAAUGUAUGCAUGUUAAUGCACACUUUAUCCCAGUCAAUACAAUUUUCUUUUUCACAUUCGCUGGCUAGAGAACUGCACUGCAAAAUUUGUAAAAGUGCACAUUUUGAAGGAUGGUUCUGCAUUUCAGUCUGUGUAUUGUUUCAGAAAGUGCAAAUUCAGUAGGACUGCCUUUAUAGGAAAACCAAAAUGACUUCCAAUGAAAAACAAACCUGAGUAAUGCAAUUCCCAGGGCAGUUCUGCAAUUACACAUUUCCAUCCAUGUUUUAAAAAAUAAGAUAAAAGACAAGUACGGUAUACACUGAGGAGAUGUGAUAGCCCUAUAUUCAAAUAUCUAAAGGGUUUUCACAUGGAGAAUGGAUCAAGCUUGUUUUCUCCUACUUCAGAUGCUAGGACCCAAACCAAUGGAUUCAAAGCUACAAGAAAGGAGAUUUCAACUUAACAUCAGGAUGAAUUUUCUGACAGUAAGUGCUAUUUGACAAUGGAACAGACUCCCAAGAGAGGUGGUAAAACUCUUCUUCGUUGGAGGUUUUCAAACAGAAGAUGGAUGGCCAUCUGUCAUGUAUGAUCUAGUUGAGAUUCCAGCGUUGCAAGGAGGGACUAGAUGACCCUCAGGAUCCCUUCCAACUCUACAAUUAUUAUUAUUUUUUAAUUCUAUUAUCAGGCAGGCACCUUCACAGUACUCUCUGGCACCUGCUUACAACAUUUUGGUUUAGACAAGUCUAUCCAGAUGUUCAGAAAGUUGAUUAGAGUUUUAAUCUAUUUUUAGUCUAUUAUUUUAACUUUUCAAAAGUGUUAAAUUCCUGUAUUGUUGCUAAUUAUUCUUAUUGAUAAUCUUAGGUAAAGGUAAAGGGACCCCUGACCAUUAGGUCCAGUCGUGACCGACUCUGGGGUUGCAGCGCUCAUCUCGCUUUAUUGGCCGAGGGAGCCGGCGUACAGCUUCCGGGUCAUGUGGCCAGCACGACUAAGCCGCUUCUGGCGAACCAGAGCAGCGCACGGAAACGCCGUUUACCUUCCCACCGGAGCGGUACCUAUUUAUCUACUUGCACUUUGACUUGCUUUCGAACUGCUAGGUUGGCAGGAGCAGGGACCGAGCAACGGGAGCUCACCCCGUCGCGGGGAUUCGAACGGCUGACCUUCUGAUCGGCAAGUCCUAGGCUCUGGUUUGACCCACAGCGCCACCCGCGUCCCUUGAUUGAUAAUCAUACCAUAACCUUAUUGUUUAUUUAUUAUAAUUAUUAUAGUAACACUUUGAACUUAGCCUAUUAACACUUCCACUCCUCUUUUGCAAAAGAGCCCAGGUUGGGAAAUAAAGCAGGAAAACAGAGCUUUUUAAAAACAUGUAGGAACAUCUGAAAACAUUUCAAAGCAAUUCAGUAUCUUCACAGUAAAUAAUUUAAUGGUGCCAACAGUGCUAUUUUUCUAGAAAAGGAGGUGCCACUGCCAGAACUCACCAUGAAUGCCACCCUUGUUCUCUUAGAAUGACAAUGGUGCCCACCUGAGAGCUGCUGGAACUCAGUUCCAGCUGAAAAAAAAGCCCUGGUUGCCAGUAGCAGUAUCUGUCAGCCUUCAAAGGCCUGGGUGAACAUGAUUAUUAUUUUUUAUAAAAAAUCUUCCUGAAUGUUGUUAAGGAGGGAGACAGAUGCACCUCUCCUACUGGGAAGGUGUUCCACAAACAGGGAGCCACCACUGUGAAGACCCUGUAGUUUAUCAGCACCAACUGGACAGUUCCAUGUUGUGGCACCACCAGCAGGGCCUCCCCUGCUGAUCAUAAGGCCCAAGAUGGUUGAUAUUGAAGAAGGUGGCCUGCCCUUGGAUACCCUAGGUUUCAACCUUUUUGAGUCCACGGCUCCCUUGACCAACUACAGUGGUACAUCGGGUUACAUACGCUGUUCUUCAGGAUGAGAACAGAAAUUGUGCUCCGGCGGCCUGGGGGCAGCAGGAGACCCCAUUAGCUAAAGUGGUGCUUCAGGUUAAGAACAGUUUCAGGUUAAGAACGGACCUCUGGAACGAAUUAAGUACUUAACCCGAGGUACCACUGUACAUUCUUUCUGUGGCACCCCUGUGGGGCUCAGGAGCCCAGUUAUGUCACCCCUCACCUGCAGAGUUGGCAGCCUCUCACCCUUUUUCGAAUACCCUCCCUUGUGGAGUGUUCCCUCUUCCUCCUCUCCCCUCUCCUUGGGAGUCCUCUGGGCAGCCACUGCUGCUGCCCCUGGUUUCUUAGCUUUGCCCCCAGCCACAAAGAGAGGUGCUUUCUCCCACUGCCCCACAGGGGCCUGGGACUUCUCUGUCCAUUCCCAGCAGCAAGGGCUGGUGGACUGGCUGGGAUCCCUCACCCGCUUGCUUGCUUACUCCAAGGCCACCUGAGUUCCUGGCAACCAGCACCCCCUGGCCAGCCCCAGAGGCACCAUUUGCCUGGGGAACUUGUAGCCAGGGCUGUUGCACAAACAGCCACACAAGCCUUUGGGAGGCAGAGACGCAAGAGGACAUCAGAGGAGGGAGGGAAGGAAAGAGGAACAGAGGCCAGUGUUUUCCCAUGGCUCCCCUGACCAUCAUUCAAGGCACCCCAGGGUGCCACGGCCCACUGGUUGAAAACCAUUGCCCUCGUGCUUUAAUAGACAAUCUGUGUAUUACAUACUCCUAUUUGGCAGCUCAGGAACACAAAAUGAAAGAGCUCUUGACAGAUCUCAUCCUCCCCUUUACUUCCUGGCCUGUGAUUAUCCCAUUAUAGAACCAAGCCAGGCGUCUCCCUUGAUGACUGGGCUGGUAGCUCCACCCAAAGUUUCUACGCCCACCUGUCCACAGCAGCUGACAGGUAACUUAUACAACCUGGCCGGAACCAGCUUUCCGCAGGGAAACUUGCCAUGUCCAGGGCUUGGCUUAUGGUUUAAAAGGUUUUUGGUCAAGUGGUCCUCAAGGCAAUAUAUAUUGAUAGCCAUCUGUCAGGGAUUCUUUAGUUAUGAUUCCUGCAGGGAGCUGGACCAAAUUACCUUUUGAGUCUCUUCUAACUCUAACAUUCUAUGAUGGCGACUUACAACAGAUCAGUCUUCACCAACCUGAUGCAUGCCCGCACCCAUGUUUUUUGGACUACAUCUCCCAUCAUCUUACCUUUCCAUCCCUUACCUUUCCCGCCCCGACCUGGCCACAGUGAUCCAUGCGACAGUCACCUCCAGGCUUGACUACUGUAAUUCGCUCUACGCGGGGCUGCCCUUGAAGCUGUCCCAGAAACUCCAGCGGGUGCAGAAUGCUGCAGCGAGGCUCCUCACGGGGUCUCUGCCAUGGGAGCAUAUUCACCCAGUGCUUUUCCAGCUGCACUGGCUCCUGGUGGAGUACAGGGUCAGAUUUAAGGUGCUGGUUUUGACCUUUAAAGCCCUUCACGGCCUAGGACCCUCGUAUCUACGGGACCGCCUCUCCCGGUAUGCCCCACGGAGAGCCUCAAGGUCCAUAAAUAGCAACACCCUAGUGGUCCCGAGCCCUAAGGAAGUUAAAUUAGCUUCAACCAGAGCCAGGGCCUUUUCAACUCUGGCUCCGGCCAGGUGGAACGCUCUGCCUCACGAGACCAGGGCCCUGCAGGAUCUGAUUUCUUUCCGCAGGGCCUGUAAGACAGAGUUGUUCCACCUGGCCUUUGGCUUGGAGCCAAUUUGAUUCCCUCCCCCUCUUUCUUUUUUCUUUUCCUUUCUCCUCCUGCGAUGAGGCUACAGUUUAAUAUUUUAAUGUUGUAUUUUAAUUUUGUUUUUAAGUUGUAUUCAUUCAACUUGUUUUUUAUUAUUGCUUGUUAGUCGCCCUGAGCCCGGCCUUGGCUGGAGAGGGCGGGGUAUAAAUAAAAAUUAUUAUGAUUAUGAUUAUGAUUAUGAUCAGCCCCAUCUAGCAUGGCUGUGCUUCCAUUAACCCCAGCAUCACUCGGCUGUGCUGGCAGGGCCUGAUGGGAGCUGUAGUGCAAAAGAUGCUUUAAAUGUGCGAGGUAUAUGCAGCCAAGCGAACACAUGCAACUGCUUCAGCGGAGGUGCUGAGUUGGGGCUAAAGAAUUUUAGAAGCAGUGAGCAAAUCCAAGAAACACAGGGCUGGGGGUUUCUGUCCUCGACUGCCGGAUUUCUGAUUCUUCUUUUAUCCAGGACGGAAAGGCAAGAAGACCGAAGAAAAAUGUGGAUAG